AAUCUACAUUAUCCUUCAUAUUGCAAGCGUUAUUUAUUGGUUUUCUACGAUUUUCUGCGGUAAACUACUUGGUUUACGUAAUAUACGUCCAAAACCUCGAGAACCGCGAAAUUGCCCAACUCUGUCGAUAUCUGUUGUUAUGAAUUCGCGAAUAAGCCUAAGGCAGACUUAAGACCGCGGUGUAAUCGAUUUCAUGGAUUUUAAAUACAUUGUGACCACUAGAGUCGCUGCGAUCGAUCUAAGUAUGUAACCUCUAAAGCGCCACUAGCGCUAACGGAUAUUACUUGUAUUGGGUAGAGAUGAAUCAUGAGAAAAAAAGCGUGAAGAAAAGGCAACAGCGAGUUUUGAUGAUUUUAGAAAGCAAAAAUAUUGAAUACACAACAAUAGAUAUUACAGAGCCUGGUAGGGAAGCAGACAAGGAAUUCAUGCAGACUAAGGGGACAGUUAGGGAUAGCAAAUAUCCUCUACCCCCACAAAUAUUUAAUGAAGAUGAAUACUGUGGGGAUUAUGAAGAUUUUGAUUUGGCAAAUGAAAUUGAUGAAUUAGAAAAGUUUCUCAAAGUUACACCUGCAGUCAGCACAGCAGAAAUCACAUUUGAAAAUAAAUCGGAAUCAGAAGAUAUUCAGCAAAAUGGAAAUACUUCAAGUCGGGAGCCCUCUUCUGAUAAGGAUGCUGCCACUACUCAAGGGGAAAGCAUCGAUGAGAGAACAUCUUUAGCAGACAAAGGGGAUAACUCGGAAAGUCGUAAUUCUAUGGAACAUGAAAGUGAAUCAAAAGACAGAUCAGAAACAGGUAGUGAGCAAAUGGAAGACAGUGGUGAUAAAAACGAGGAAAAAUCUGACGAUCAAGAAAAAGAAGAAUAGAUAAGUCACAAAUGCAGGAAAAGAUAUUACAUGAAUAAGUUUAUAAGAACUCAUAUACUUACUUCCAAGUGUUUUUGCAGAAUGAUAGUUGUUACGCAUAUAAGGCUGAAGAAAGGUACUGCCAUAAUUACACUAGGGGAAAGUGUUAUACCAAGAUUGUAGUGUACCUUGAGCCAAUAUAAAUACUUUUAAUGUAUUACCACCUAUCGUGCUGCUGCCAAAAUAUUUCUUUCCCAAUAAUGUAAUUGACUAUUUAUAAUAGUUUCAAUUUAUUUUCAUAUAGAAAACGAGUGCUUUAAAAAAUGUUUUUAAUGAAAAAAUAAACUUUCAGUUUUGAAUUAAGGGUGAUUUUUAUUUAAUAACUAUGCAAAGAUUAUUUUAUGGACAACUGUUUGAUUCUCCAUUAUUUGCCAAGUGAAAUGAAAAGGUCUAUUAGCUGAUCAACUCUGCAACUUUUCUGUUAUGCUAAAUUCAGUUAUUUCAUUCUACAUAUAUUUGUAAGCAAUUAAGUGAGUAAAUGUUUUUGAAGUUAUGGGUUCAGAAAUAAAUUAUUUUAUUUACAUUGAAUCACCCCUUUUAAUUAUGGUCCAAGGUACACGAAAAAUUGUACCAUGGUCUGUUGUGCACUAUAUACUUUCCUUCUUUGCAUAUCUUUUUUUGAACUGAGUUUUCAGUUUAACCCCAAAAUAAGUAUAUCACAACGAUACUGAAGUAUUGACUGAAAAGAUAUAACAAUAAUUAAAAAUCUAGCCCAAGGUACAACACUUUCCCCUACUUACUUUACAACGUAUGCAAGAUAUGUGGCGCCAUUUCAAGUAUAGGAUACUUUUUCAUCAAUUUGUGAUGUAAGAGCAGAACUCAUUUUAUAUUUAAUUAGCAGUUGAGAUUCUUUCGAUUAUUUAGAUGAUUAUGCACUUCGCUAAGUAAAGGAGACUUUGUACAUUUAAUUUUUUAAAGCUUAAUUAUUACAGCUUGUAAAUUACAUUUCUCUAUCACAUUAUGAAUCAAUUUUUGGUUGUCACAAAUUAGUCUGUAUUAAUUAUCACAUGCGAUUAUAGAGAUGUUGAUUUGUAUCUAAGAAGCUGCGGACCUAUACGAAAAACAAUUAUGCUGAGCAGUCUGAGCAUGUAUUCUAGAUAGUUUUUGUUUUUAAUCAUUGCCUAUAAAAUGGUAAUCCAUCAUACAAUUAUAAUUUCUUAAAUAAUAUCAUUAUUUAUAAUUUCUCGAGGAUCAGGCAGUCAUGCUAACUCAGCUGCUCGGUAUUUAAAAAUAUGGCAAAUGCGCCAAGAGAGAAUUUGGUGAAAUGUCCGAUCUCGUUUCCGUAUACCAGUCUUCCUUUUGAAUACGGAAUUUUUCUUAAACGAAAUCCCUCUGACUCUAACACUGUUUGUACUUUUAUCGAUUUAACUUUUGUUAUUUUCGCUUUUCACAGAUAGGAAACAAUCAAAGCGUGACAUCGAACCAUUAAUUUUUAUAGUAGUAAACUUUUAGAGUUUACAUAGUUUCAAAGUAUUUCAUUGAAAAGGGACUUUGGCAUAGAAAUGCCCCCGCAGGGGUCAGUAGUUCGCAAAUAAGGAGUCAACAACAGUUAUAUAAAAUAAAUACAUUUAUUGGCUAAUCAACAAUUUUAACGUAAGUACAGUAAAGUAAAACAAGUAAGAUUAGAUGUUUUUAUAUCAAAUUCGAAUGGCUAUAAACAGUAUCGUUAUUUGCUAAGCACAACGUUAUUUCAAGUGUAAUGUAGCACAGAAAAUCGUUCGAUUACUGCAUCGCACUUAGUAUACAUAUUUAAUUAAUUUCGAAGUACAUGAGCGAUUUUUUUUUUUGAUAAGGGAAAAGUAAGAUUAGGAACCUUUCGUAAUAUAAACGCUUACGAGUUACCGUGCCGAUAUUAAUGAGGGUUGGUUAGGAGGAUGGUACUGUUGAAAAUAAGCUGUAUUUUUAAAGCAGUUAUAAGUACAGUGACUAACAUUACGACUUUAUUUGAUCCACAUGUUACGUUUU